CUUGUUUAUUUGGACUGAACCACCGCGGCUCUCUCAUUGACACCACCUCGGCUGUGAUUUUACAAUAAUGAUAGCCUUCUGCUUAAAAACGAUGAUCAUGUUUGGCUGAAUGUAAUUAGUUAAUAUAAACGGUAACAUGAAAUGGAGAUCACUCGGACCAGACCGUCCUUGUAUGGAGAAAUCGCUCAUGGUCUUGGGUUCUGGACGGACCGGUCAGCAGUGCAUGAGGCCGCUGCACAGGGCAGGGCCCUCCAGCUGCAGAAGCUGAUAGAGGGAGGUGCAGCAGUUAACAUCGUGGCAGUCAACUCCAUCACCCCCCUGCAUGAGGCGUGUAUAAAGGGACAGACCCAGUGCGUAAGACUGCUGCUGGUUGCUGGUGCACAGGUGGAUGCUCGUAACAUCGAUGGAAGCACUCCGCUCUGUGACGCCUGUGCAGCUGGUAGCCUAGAAUCUGUCAAGCUGCUGUUGGAGUACGGAGCAACAGUUAAUCCUCAACUGUUUACCUUCUCACCGCUUCAUGAGGCUUGCAUGGGAGGGAAUCCAGAUUGUGUUCAGCUCAUGAUUGAUCAAGGAGCUUUCAUGGAGGCCCACGACUGCCACUAUGGGACACCACUUCAUGUAGCCUGUGCAAUGCAACAUUACUACUGCGCCAAAGUUCUCCUCAAUUCAGGGGCAAAUGUGAAUGCUGCCAAGCUACAUGAGACGGCCCUCCAUCAUGCAGCCAAAACCAAGAGAGUUGACUUCAUUGAUCUACUUGUGGAGUUUGGGGGGAACGUGUACGCCAGAGAUAACCUGAACAAAAAACCCAUCAACUACACCAGUGUGGGAUCUCCCUCUUAUCUCUGCCUUGAGUUCUAUGAGAAUACCCCUCUCAGUCUACAGCAGAUCAGCAGAGUGGCUGUCAGAGGGGUUCUCGGCGUAAGAGCACGUGAAGUUGUUUCCAAGCUGGACUUGCCUGCUCGCAUCAUAAGUUUUCUUUCUUACAUGCCACCUCCAGUUAUUGAAAUUGAAUCACCUAUGAGAGACUUAAGCUACAGCUCUGAGGGUUAAAUCUAGACCAGUUAUGUCUACUGACUCUGUGGAUCUCUCUCCCGAAGGUCAUAUGACAGGAUGUUUUGGCAGAAGUGCAGCACAGAUGAAAUGUCUUAAAGGGGACGUAUCAU